CACAGACUAUUUUCAUGAUCAUGGGAGGUGUGAGAGAAUUGCUGCUCGUUGUGAUGACUGUGGGGGUUGUCAAAGUUUCUUGUUACCCUGUUGGAAAGUCCCAGAAGCAAGAUCAAGUCUCUCUGCAGAGGAGACUUGGAGAGCUGUCAUCAAAUGACGUCUCCAUUGUGCAUGCCCUGGCCUUGCUCAGAUCCAUAGGGUCUGACGCUAAACAAGCCAGAGAAGAGUAUUUAGAGACCAAUGAAGUAGAAUCCCAAGCUUCUCCAAACCAUGGUAGCUCUCCGGCAAAUGAUGCCCUGUCCUCUGAGGAGAAGCUGAGGCGCGUGUCCUCGGACGACGCCACCUCUGACGCUGCGACCGGCCCGUCUGGCGACGACGCCACCUCUGAAGCUGCGACCGGCCCGUCUGGCGACGACGCCACCUCUGAAGCUGCGACCGGCCCGUCUGGCGACGACGCCACCUCUGAAGCUGCGACCGGCCCGUCUGGCGACGACGCCACCUCUGAAGCUGCGACCGGCCCGUCUGGCGACGACGCCACCUCUGAAGCUGCGACCGGCCCGUCUGGCGACGACGCCACCUCUGAAGCUGCGACCGGCCCGUCUGGCGACGACGCCACCUCUGAAGCUGCGACCGGCCCGUCUGGCGACGACGCCACCUCUGAAGCUGCGACCGGCCCGUCUGGCGACGACGCCACCUCUGAAGCUGCGACCGGCCCGUCUGGCGACGACGCCACCUCUGAAGCUGCGACCGGCCCGUCUGGCGACGCCGCCACCUCUGAAGCUGCGACCGGCCCGUCUGGCGACGCCGCCACCUCUGAAGCUGCGACCGGCCCGUCUGGCGACGCCGCCACCUCUGAAGCUGCGACCGGCCCGUCUGGCGACGCCGCCACCUCUGAAGCUGCGACCGGCCCGUCUGGCGACGCCGCCACCUCUGAAGCUGCGACCGGCCCGUCUGGCGACGCCGCCACCUCUGAAGCUGCGACCGGCCCGUCUGGCGACGCCGCCACCUCUGAAGCUGCGACCGGCCCGUCUGGCGACGCCGCCACCUCUGAAGCUGCGACCGGCCCGUCUGGCGACGCCGCCACCUCUGAAGCUGCGACCGGCCCGUCUGGCGACGCCGCCACCUCUGAAGCUGCGACCGGCCCGUCUGGCGACGCCGCCACCUCUGAAGCUGCGACCGGCCCGUCUGGCGACGCCGCCACCUCUGAAGCUGCGACCGGCCCGUCUGGCGACGCCGCCACCUCUGAAGCUGCGACCGGCCCGUCUGGCGACGCCGCCACCUCUGAAGCUGCGACCGGCCCGUCUGGCGACGCCGCCACCUCUGAAGCUGCGACCGGCCCGUCUGGCGACGCCGCCACCUCUGAAGCUGCGACCGGCCCGUCUGGCGACGCCGCCACCUCUGAAGCUGCGACCGGCCCGUCUGGCGACGCCGCCACCUCUGAAGCUGCGACCGGCCCGUCUGGCGACGCCGCCACCUCUGAAGCUGCGACCGGCCCGUCUGGCGACGCCGCCACCUCUGAAGCUGCGACCGGCCCGUCUGGCGACGACGCCACCUCUGAAGCUGCGACCGGCCCGUCUGGCGACGACGCCACCUCUGAAGCUGCGACCGGCCCGUCCGGCGACGACGCCAUGGAUAUCUGA